CCCAUGACCCGAGUCGUUUUGACUCUUCUCUUUAUUUUGAGAAAUAAAUGCUCCCUGGCUUUGUUUUGAGAAUUCUACGCUCUAACCGGAAACCGCCAUCGUCAUCUUCUACUGCAGUUUCAGAGAAUGAACAGAGAGAACUACUGGAGACUAUAACCUCUAAUCUUCCAUUAGAUAAAAGCUCCAUCUCCUCAACAACGAGAUUCCUCUUCGGCUUGUUACGAACCGCCAUCAUCCUCAACGCCUCCGAGUUUUGUCGUGAUCUGUUGGAGAGAAAGAUCAGAACACAGCUAGAGAGAGCCACGCUCGACGAUUUGCUCGUCCCUAGCUACUCAUACCUUAACGAGACUUUAUACGAUGUUGAUUUGGUAGAGAGAAUCUUAGCUCACUUUCUCGACACCUUGGAACAAUCAAACACCGCCGUAGUCGAAGCUGACGGAAAAUCUCCGUCGCUUAUGCUCGUCGGGAAAUUAAUCGACGGAUUUCUCGCUGAGAUCGCAUCCGACGCUAAUCUCAAAUCGGAUAAAUUCUACAAUCUAGCCAUCUCACUCCCAGAUCAAGCUCGUCUCUACGAUGACGGACUCUAUAGAGCCGUCGACGUAUAUCUCAAGGCGCAUCCAUGGGUAUCGGAAGCAGAGAGGGAGAAGAUCUGCGGCGUGAUGGAUUGUCAGAAACUGACGUUGGAAGCGUGCACACACGCCGCGCAAAACGAGCGGCUUCCGCUACGAGCCGUCGUACAAGUUCUCUUCUUCGAGCAGUUACAGCUCCGGCAAUGCUCCCUGGCUUUGUUUUGAGAAAUAAAGAGAAGAGUCAAAACGACGUCGUUUUAACUCUCGGGUCAUGGGUAAUCAAACGGGUAAUCCUAAUCGAGGUAGAGUAAACGCGGAUUUGUGGUUAAACCCGGUUUAAUGGCCGGUUCGA